CUCUGAUUAUGAUUUUAGCGUUUAGUAUUUUCGCACUAGCAGUCGUAUGAAAUUACCAACGCGGACGUGACCGAUUUAACCUGCUGCGUCAGAUAAUUUUUUUAUCACUCAUAUCUAUACCGGAAUAUCCGUUUUUAUUAGAAUUUAUUUUGUGAUAAAUUAGUAUAGCUGAGUACUGCGUAGAAGACAGGCAAGUUUGAUAUUAUUUUUGGCUUGGCAACUAUUAGUGACAUGUCAACCGCCAACUAUGUUCAACGCAGCACAAAAAUUUUUCAGAGAUGUCUGAGAAAUAUUUUAUCUACAGGCAAUUAUGGAUCGUUGGCUUGGUAAAACCGCAGUCGUUACUGGCGCUGGAUCCGGCAUCGGUGAAGCAAUUACACAUGCUCUUCUGCAAAACGGAAUAAACGUGGUUGCUCUGGAAGUCCAGAAAGGAAGAUUAGCAAAACUCGAUGCGGAAUGUAAGCGGGAAGGUUUCCCAGGCAAGUUAUAUACCAUAUGCUGUGAUAUAACUCACGAGGAUGAAAUCGAUGCAGCAUUCUUGCAUAUCGAGACAUUAGGUGGUGUGGAUAUUAUGGUCAACAAUGCUGGCAUUGUUGCAUCAUCACGAGUAAUAGAGAGUGAUAGGAAGACAUUUGAAAGACUGUUAAAUAUUAAUGUCCUCGCAGUCGCCGUGUGUACGAACAAAGCAGUGCAUUUGAUGCUCAAACGAAACGUUGAAGGACAUAUUUUCAAUAUCAACAGUGUUUUGAGCCAUUAUUUACUACUGGAUGGUAUGCCUGACUAUAAUUUAUAUCCCGCUACUAAGCAUGCAUCUCUUGCUCUGACUAAUACAGUACGAGGAGAAAUGGCGAAAAUUAAGGCUCCUAUUCGAAUUACCGGCAUUAGUCCUGGUAUUGUAAGCACGAACCUAGCUAUGGAUGCAAUAAAUGACUUCAUGCAGAAAGUACCAAGUCUUCAACCGAAAGACAUAGCGGAUGCACUCAUUUAUGCUCUGGGAACACGACCAGAAGUUCAGAUUACACAGAUUACCAUCCAGCAUGUCGGGGAGUUACCAUAAAGAUUAUUUUUAGUAAGAAGUCUAUCAAUGCAUCAACAAUUUUUCAAGAAAUAAAUUUAUGCUGAUAAUAAAGUGAGCUAUUUAGGGUUUGCAGUGAUUAAGCUUUCAUGUUGCUUUAUAUUUUUUAAAUAAAUAUAAAAUUUUGUAUAUCCAA